AACAUGCUGAUUAUCUUGUUUUCAUUUUCAUUAAAGCAGUGAACCUUGUCAACGAAAUCCGAUUUAAAAAUCAUUCUCUCUCACUAAAUCAAUUUAUUCAACAUUAUAAAUUCUUGAUAUUCUCACCAUUAAGAAUUCGCUGAGCCCAAAAGACGGUUGUUCGUGUUGAUUCAGAAUGGAAUCUCAGUGGCCCUCUGAAUUUCCAGUUGAGCUGCGGCACUUGAUAGCCACAAACAGAGCCGCUGAGGAAGUGUUAGCGGACCGACAUGCCCUCAUCGAGGCGGACAAAAGCCGUCAAAACAUGCGAGUUGCAGCUCGCUCUAUUGAGCAAAGUGCGGGUGGCCCUGAUGAGCGAAUAACGCUGCUGACCGGCGCUGUGAUGUUCAAACUGCCCAAGAAAGAUGUGCAGAGCAUUCUCAAGAGGGAUUUGCUGGAGUUGGACAUCGAGAGCAACCGUAUCCGAAGCGAAUUGAAAGAAAAGGUCAAUCUAUUGCAAGAGCUAGAGCUGAAAGACCCGCUCAAGGGCUUCGACUUGAAGCCUCUGUCCAAGGUCGAAAUGGCUGCGGUUGGGCAGGUCUUGGGGAGAUCAUCCAGGGAUUAAAAAGUGAUUCAACAAAAAUUCGAUUUUCGACUCACCGCAGCACAUGUUUGAGGAGCCUAUCCUCUCCGUUUCCGGUGAGAAGCGUUCCGUCCUCGCUGUAGUCAAGCGGCAGUGGUGCUCCACUCUGACUCCUGAUGGCGCUCAGCGCCUGCAGUUGC